UAUCUAUUUUACCCUCUUCUUCUCCAUUAUUUCUCUAUCCAUGUCCAAAUAAUUUUUAUCGUUUCACCUUGCCAGUCUGGUUUUCCUACUUUCGUGGUUAAAAAUGUUGGAAUCUGAUUCUUCAUCCGCUCUCCAAUCCUGCACUGAUUUGAUCGGAAAUCCGUUUAGUUCUUUGCACAAUUACAAGACCAACUUUGAGAAUCUCAAGGCGCAAGUGGAGAAGCAUAACCUUGUCAAACAGCGUGUGCUUCAUAAGAUUGAGGUUGCUAGAAGAAAUGGAGAAGAGAUAGAUCAGGAAGUUCAAGACUGGAUGAUUAAUGUGAACAAGCUCAUUGAUGAGGCAAAUAAGAUUAUUCCAGAUGAAGGGAAAGGAAAGAAGAGAUGUUUCGGGGGGCUAUGCCCUAAUUUGGGUAUCCGCCAUCAGCUUAGUAAGAAAGCAGAAAACAAAGUUAAGGCUAUGGUUUUACUGCUGUCUCAAGGAGAAAAAUUCCAUGAAAUCUCCCCCCUUAGCAUUCCAGAGGAGAUUUCCAGCUUGGUUACUUCGAGCCAAAAUCCGUUUAUUUCUCUGCGGAACUACAAGAGAUACUAUGAGAAACUCGUUGCUGAAGUUGAGAAGCUGAGGGAUGACAGAGACCGUGUCAAGCGUAUGAUGGAGGUUUCUAGAAGAAAUGGAGAAGCGAUCUAUGAAGAUGUUUUGAAGUGGGUGAGGAGUGUUGAGGAGCUUGUUGAUGAUACAGGAAGGACUUUUGAAGACUUUGACCAGAAAGCAAAUGGACGAUGUUUCAUUGGCUUGUGUCCUGAUCUGAAAACACGUUAUAAUCUCAGCAACAAAGUAGUGAGGCAACUGAAGGCUGUUGCUGAACUCCAGGGAGAAGGAGGGUUCGAUAGAGUUUCUUACACUAUUAUUCCACCCAACAUAUGGCUUACAUCAACCAGAGGUUAUGAGAAUUUUGAAUCAAGAAUGACCAUUUUUCGGGGUUUGUACAACACAUUAAAUGAUCCUAAUAUCAACAUGGUUGGGGUGUACGGAAUGGGUGGCAUUGGCAAGACUGUGUUAGUGAAGCAAGUUGCUGCUGAAGUGGAGGCAAUGAAGCUCUUUGAUGCUGUGGUCUUUUCUGAGGUAACCCCGACUCAAGACAUAAGAAAGAUUCAAGGAGACAUUGCAGAUCAUCUAGGUUUGAUGUUCCGUCAGGAGGAUGAAUGGGGAAGAGCAAUCAAGCUAUUUGAUCGAUUGAAGAAAGAGAAGAGCGUCCUUGUAAUAUUAGAUAAUAUCUGGACAAGUCUUGAUUUGAGGAGAGUUGGAAUUCCUGUGGGAGAUGAUCAUAAGGGAUGUAAAGUAUUGCUAACAUCGAGAGAUUGUGAUUUAUUAAGCCGGAUGGAUUGUCAACAUAAUUUUGCUGUUGGUGUUUUAGAUAAAGAAGAAGGUUUUGGUCUGUUUAAGAAAAAGGCAGGUGAUUCUGCUGAAAACCAGGAGUUGCAGCCCUUAGCAAUUGACAUAGCCAAGGCAUCUGGAGGCUUGCCUCUUGCUGUUGCUUCAAUUGCAAUUGCAUUGAGAGGCAAGGGUAUAGAUACAUGGCGCAAUGCAUUGCAAAGUUUGGGUAGGCCUUUAUCGAAUAAUUUCAGUGGAAUACUUGCGGAGGUUUAUUCAAGUAUAGAGUUGAGUUACAAUCUUUUGAAAGGUGAGGAACUCAAGUUAACUUUUUUGCUUUGUAGUCUAAUGAAAUAUAUGGGUGAUUUUUCCAGUAUGGAGUUUUUAAGAUAUGGAAUGGGUUUGGGCUUAUUCAAAGAAAUCAGUAGUGUGGAAGAAGCACGAAAUAAAGUAUAUACAUUAAUUCAUGAACUCAAAUGCUGUUGUUUGUUACUAGAUGGUCAUCCCAAUGAAUGGUUUUCUAUUCAUGAUAUUGUUCUUCUUGUUGCCAUAUCAAUUGCAUCUAGAGAUCAACAUGCAUUUACGCUGAGAAAUGAGGCUAUUGAUCGGCUAGAUAAGAAUGCGCUUAGAAGAUGCCAGACAAUCUUCAUACGUGACAAUAAUAACAGAGAGCUUCCAGAAGGUUUGGAAUGUCCACAUCUCAAAUUUUUCAAUCUUCUAGCUCAAAAUUUGAUUAUGAAAAUUCCAGACAGUUUUUUCACUGGAAUGACCCAACUCACUGUUCUAAAAUUGACCAAAAUGCACUUAUCACCGUUACCUUUCUCACUUUGUCUCUUAGUAAACCUUCGGACAUUGUGUUUGGACCAGUGCAUAUUGGGAAACAUAGCUGGUAUUGGAGACUUGAAGAACCUAGAAAUCCUUAGCUUAUCACAUUCAGAUAUUAAGUUAUUGCCUAAAAAUAUAGGUCAAUUAACUCGGCUGAGGAUGUUAGAUAUGAAUGAUUGUUCCAAACUGGAACUUAUUUCACCAAAUGUUAUAUCGAACUUAUCUUGCUUAGAGGAACUGUAUAUGAGUAAUAGCUUUCUUAAAUGGGAAGCUGAAGAGCUCUGCUUUGAAGGAAGAAAUGCUAGCAUUAAUGAGUUGAAGCACUUGUCUGAAUUGACAUCCUUAGAAAUAUGUAUUACAGAUGCCAAUAUUCUACCGAGAGUUCUUGUUUCUAAGUUGAUAAGAUAUAGGAUAUUCAUAGGUGAUGGGUGGGACUGGUUCACUGAGUAUGGUACUUUAAGAACAUUGAAACUCAAAGGCAAUACUAGCAAGCGUGGGAUUACGAGGCAGCUGAAUGGAAUCGAAGAACUAUAUUUAGAUGAAUUGUCGGGUGUUGAUAAUGUUCUUUAUCAGUUAAAUCUCACGGGUUUUUCACAAUUGAAGCAUCUCCACAUUGAGAAUAAUUCCUCCUUGCAAUUUAUUGUUGACCCGACAGACAGGGAGCCUGGUCUUGCCUUUCCCCAUCUGGAGUCAUUGGUUCUUCAUAAUUUAAUGAACUUGGAGAUGAUAUUUAAAGGCCGAUUCACUGAAGAGUCAUUUUGCAAUUUAAAGAUCAUGAAGGUGGAAAAGUGUGAUAGGUUGAAAAAUGUCUUCUCAUUUUCUUAUGAUAGACGACUUCAACGAUUUCAAGCACUUGAACCUGGUCAAGCUUUUCCAUACUUGGAAUCACUGUAUCUUCACAAUUUGAUUAACUUGGAGAUGAUAUUUAAAGGUCAAUUCACUGAAAAGUCAUUUUGCAAUUUAAAAAUGAUAAAGGUGGAAAAGUGUGAUAAGUUAAAAAAUGUCUUCUCAUUUUCUAUUGCUAGAGGGCUUCCAAGACUUCAAACACUUGAAUUCAAUGAAUGCAGUAAUAUGGAACAUAUAUUUUUUCAAGAAACAUUUGCGGAUAUUUAUGUUGAUGACAGUGAAGAAGACAUUAACUACAAUGAAGUGGUGAAUAAGAUUGAAUUUGGUCAUAUACGCUCCUUGACUUUGAAAUCACUUCCAAAACUCAGAAGCUGUUGCUUGAAAGUAACAUUGUUUGAUGAAGUCGUUUUGGAGGAUGUGGUUGACUUAGACAUACCACUUUUCAGUGAAACGGUUUUGUUUCCCAUGCUGCGGGUACUGGAACUGGCUGAAAUUAAUAUUCAGAGGAUUUGGCACAAUCAACAUCUAUCAAAGUCUUCUUCCAUUCAAAAUAUAACACAUUUAGUCUUGCGAGGAUGUGGUAAAUUAAACUAUAUUUUUUCGUCUUCUAUAUUACAGAGCUUUGUGAGACUCCAACGCCUUGAAAUAUGCCAUUGUGAAAUUCUGGAAGAGGUAAUCUUCAUGGAAGAGUUCAGUGAAGAAGUAAGGAAGGGAAGAAUCUUCCCUUGUUUAGAGCAUCUGGUCAUAAAAGAUCUUGAAAAACUAACAAGAUUUUGCUCUGAAAUUUACAUUGAAUUUGCAUCCUUGAAACACUUGGAGAUAGAGCAAUGCCCCCAGUUCAAGUCAUUCAUCUUGACGAAUAUGGGCACAGGCUCUGAGGAGACUCAACCUUUCUUCAAUGAAAAGGUUGCAUUACCUAGCUUAGAGAAAAUGGUAAUCUCUGGCAUGGAUAACUUGGAAGUGAUAUGGAACUAUCAACUCUUUGGGCAUUCUUUUCAAAAACUAAAAUUAAUGGAAAUUAAGAACUGUGAUAAGCUAUUGAAUAUUUUUCCUUCAGAUAUGUCUGGAAGGUUCUGGCAGUUAGAAGAAUUGUAUAUCCAUGAUCUACCAAAAGUGAGGCAUAUAUGGAAAACAGAGCCCCAAGUAAAGCUUUCCUUUCCAAAGCUUCGCUUAGUGAAAGUUUUUGGAUGUCAGAAUCUAGAAAAUCUUUUCACAGCCUCCAUUGCCAGGAGCCUUUUUGAACUUGAAGAGCUUGAGAUGGUUGAUUGUGGAGUGAAGGAGAUUGUUUCAGAAGAAGAAAGGGCAGAAUCAACCUUUAGGUUUUCCUUUCCACGAAUAACAAUCCUCAAAUUCUCGAUGCUGCCACGACUUAGAUGUUUCUAUCUUGGAACACAUACUUCAGAAUGGAUGGCAUUAAAAAAGUUGGAGGUGUGUGAUUGUGACAAUGUAGAGAUAUUCACUUCAAAUUUUCCCGACAACCAACUUAAGGUACCAGCAAAACAGCCCCUCUUCCUGGGUGAAAAGGUCUUCCCAAAUUUGGAGGAACUGAAAUUAAGUGGAAAGGCCAUUGAAAAGAUACGGCAAGGGGCAUUUCCAGAACACCUGUUUCGCAGAGUUGAAGUUCUUAUCAUUGUUAGAGAUGAAUCAGCUGUUUUUCCAUUUCAUGCCUUUCAAAGAUUUCACAAUCUGGAAAAGAUCAUCCUGAGGCGUGGUUCAUACAAAGAGUUAUUCUCACAUGAAGAUGUAGACAGACAAGAUGGACAAGCCAAUCUAUUGACACAGAUUAAAGAAUUAAAGUUGGAUGAACUUUCUAAUCUGGAGUACUUGUGGAAACAAGAGUCAAAACAGAGCACAUUACUUCAGAAUCUUGUUAUUCUUGAUGUAUGGUGGUGUUGUAAUUUGAUUUAUUUAGUGCCAUCCUCGGCAUCUUUCCACAAUCUAACAGUUUUAGAAGUGUGGUUUUGCAAAAAAUUGAAGAGCUUGGUAGCACCCUUGACAGCCAAAACCCUGGUGCAACUCAAAGAAAUGAAGAUUGGUGGAUGUGAAAUGAUGGUAGAAGUAGUAGCAAAUGAGGGAUAUGCAAUAGAAGAAGUUGAGAUUAACUUUUGCAAAUUGAAGAGCUUAACACUUUUUGAUUUAGAAAGUCUUGGAAGCUUCUGCUCUGGGAAUUAUACUUUCAUCUUUCCAUUAUUAGAAGAGUUAUUUGUAAUAGAAUGUCCAAAUAUAACUUUUUUCUCAAGCAAAGAUUUAAGCACGCCAAACCUACUAGCAGUACAACAGAGCUGGGCAGCGGAUGUAUGGCAUUGGGACAGUGAUCUUAAUACAACCAUACAACAUUUGCAUAAGAAAAGGAAAGGUUUUGCUUAGUGCUCAAGGGCUUCUAUCAUUUUUAGCCGGAGGAAAUCUUGAAGAAAUUAAUGCACAAAGCAAGCAGUUGAUUGGUUGACAUUUGGAUGUGUCUGCAAUGUAAAUGAUGCCAGCUAAGUGGAAAACAACACAAAUGAGAAAAAAUGAGUUAGAUGGAGUUGCCAAUGUUGCCUCUUUGAUGUUGGGAGUGUUAAGACUUAGAAAUAAGUACUGAAUCAAAAUGUGUUCAGUUUUUGUGUAUAAUGUCUAACAUAUUAGUCUGUAUAUAAUUUUUAAGGUCUUGGUUUUAGCUAGGAGUGGAUUUGAAUUGAGCUAAUUUGAGGCUUGAAUUCAUGUUAAACUCGAACAAAUCGAACUCGUGCUAGAGUUGGAGAGUUCGCUGCUUAAUUUACUUUUUGACAUCACUGUUCAUUUCUUUGGCGUUACUGUUCACCGAUCUGGAUGUACUCAGGCUCAAGCUGAACCUUCUGGAUUCGAGCCAAGCUGGAUGUUUUAUUAAUACAAUCUAUUAUUUGAAUCUAUGAGAUAAUAAUUUAAAUUAUUAGGAUACAGUUUUUAAGAACAGGAUUUCGUAUUUCCACAAUACUACCUACUAGAUGCAGGCAAAUGUGUCUAUGUCCUAUGUUUAUUUGAAAAUACUUAUUAGUUAGAAGGGCAUGGUCUUCAUCUAUGGUUGAAUGGGAAUAGGCGUCUUAUUCUGAUGUGCAGAAUUUAAUGGCAAGUACAUUGUUUACUCUGGUACUUGAUGUUUGAUGUUUAGCCUACUCCAUUAUUAUACUAAUAAUGUGUUAAAUUACAAAUUGUCUUCUCUCUCUUUCACUGUUACCUUUUUUUGUCUUAUGCUUUUGAUUGAUUGGCUAAUAUAUUGCCC